AAUGCUCAUCUUGCAGAGAGUAAUGGACUCUUGCCCGCCAAAUUGGCCCAUUUUCCUUUUCAGCCCAGACGGCCCAAUUACUUGUUGAAGGCUUGAAGCUCUCUCCUAGUCUCCCUCACUGUUUUUCUUCUUCAGUCCUGAGUCCUUCGCUUGUUCUUCGGCGUGCCACCUACAUCCUCGAUUCCAUUUUGAUUUACGAUUAUUGAGAUUCGAUUUGAUGCUAUGGUUCCCAAGCACUAAUUCGAUCUGGGUCACCCCCAAAAUCAAGAAUUUCUUUUUGAUAACUCAGCAGUUCAGGUCAGGUAACGCGCCUCUCGACCAUUCGUGGACCAAUUCCACCGUCCACCAUCGGGGCCCAAUCAAAUCUCCAAAUCAAGAAUUUCUCUUUUGAUAACCCCGGGUCAAACUUACGAGCGGCUCGACAGGAAUUUGGACCAAACCCACCGUCCACUAGCGGGUCCAAUUAAAUCCCCAAAUCAAGUUUUUACACUUGAUAACUCAGGUGUCCGGGUUAGCUUAUGUGGAGCUCGAUCAUUCCUGGACCAAUCCCACCGUCCACCGGCGGGGGCAAUUGAAGCUCAAAAUCAAUAAUUUUGACUACCCACAAAGCAAAUUCAGCCAAAAAAAUCAAGAUUUUUUUUUUCAAUUUUUCCACCUGAAAAUGGUUUCUUACAAAGUGAUUGCAUUUGAUUUUAUGGUUCUGGAAUCGUAAUUCGAUCCGGGUCGCCUUGUAAUCGAGGAAUUUUAGCUGCCCAGUAGCCAAAUUGCGCCGGAAAAUCAUGGUAUUAUUAGCUGGUUCAGUGCUGUUCCCUCUGACAAUGCACUCCAGAAUUACUGGUAGAAGGCUUUUUGUUGGUUCUUCUUCUUCUUCUUCUUAUGAGCAGCGUAUGAGUGUGUGUGGUUGUAUGGCGUCCUCACAGAAUUUGAGGGCAGCUGAUGGAUUUGCCGCCUCGAAAAUCAGUGAUUCAUGCAAGCUGGAGAAUUUGAAUGCAGUUCCGGAAAUUGAGGAUGAAUCUGAUGUUUUGAUUGAAUGUAAAGACGUCUACAAGUCAUUUGGCGAGAAACACAUCUUGAAAGGUGUGAACUUCAAGAUUAGGCGUGGUGACGCCGUUGGAAUAAUUGGGCCUUCUGGGACUGGGAAAUCUACUAUUUUGAAGAUUAUGGCUGGACUUCUUGCUCCAGACAAGGGGGAGGUUUUCAUUCGAGGAAGGAGGAGGCAUGGUUUAAUCAGUGAUGAGGAGAUAUCUGGCCUUCGAAUUGGAUUGGUUUUUCAGAGUGCAGCACUUUUCGAUUCCUUAUCUGUUCGGGAAAAUGUUGGUUUCCUUUUGUAUGAGAAUUCCACCAUGUCUGAAAAUCAAAUUGACGCACUGGUGACGCAAACUUUGGCUGCUGUUGGAUUGACGGGAGUUGAGGACCGAUUACCUUCAGAGUUGUCUGGUGGAAUGAAGAAGAGAGUUGCACUAGCUCGGUCCAUAAUUUUUGACACCACGAAGGAUGCAAUUGAGCCAGAGGUGCUCUUGUAUGAUGAACCAACAGCUGGACUUGAUCCUAUCGCCUCUACUGUGGUUGAAGAUCUCAUCCGCUCCGUUCAUUUGAAAGGUGAGGAUGCACUUGCUACGCCCGGAAAGAUUGCAUCAUAUGUUGUCGUCACUCACCAACACAGUACUAUUAGAAGAGCUGUUGACAGGUUGUUGUUUCUUUAUGAGGGAAAGAUUGUAUGGCAGGGAAUGACUCACGACUUCACCUCAUCACAAAAUCCAAUAGUUCAACAGUUUGCAUCUGGCAGCCUGGAUGGGCCGAUCAAAUAUUAGCUUGUUUACUGGCGUGGUAUUUUUGAACUCAAGGCAUAUUCAUGGAAUCUUGGGUGCUUCCGAUUUCAAGAGCGGGAGACGAUUGAAUUUCAAGAGACAGAGACGAGGUGAAAAGAUUCAGAUGAAGCAGGCAAACAUUGUUUUUUUUUUGUUUGGCCAUUUUAACAACUGAUUCGUCAUGGGGCCGGUGAAUACAGUGGAGUCCAACAAGACUCCAAGCCGGUGCAUUCUCUUUCAGCAAUAAUCAAAAUGAGCCUGCUAUGAGAAUCAUCAUAACCUUGUAACUGGUGGCGAACAAGUUUUCCAUUUUUCCUGUCUAGUUUUGUUACAAGUGAUGGUUUUAUUGAAAUCUGACCAAUAUGAUCUUAGUUAGAUGCAGUACCAGUAAUGCAAUACCAAGUUCUUCGAAA